GACCACGUUGUUUAUCUGAAUUAAAAAAAGAAAGGUUAUAAACACCUGAAAAUUUGUGCUUGUGCAAGUACAUCAUCAAGUUAAAUUAAAAUAAUUAAUUGUUAAUAAAAACAAAUUUUAAAAAAUGUAUCUCAUGUAUUAUUUGAACGAAAAAAAUGAGAGAGUUUACACACUCAAGAAAGUUGAUCCCCAGGGUAAUCCAACAUUCUCUGCUCAUCCUGCUCGUUUUUCACCAGAGGACAAAUACUCCAGAGAAAGAAUCACAUUAAAAAGAAGAUUCAACCUUCUUCUUACUCAAAAACCUCAACCAACAUAUUAAUUUUUUUUUUUUAUUUAUAAUUUAUUUGGCAAAUAUAAUGUUUUUUUAAAUUUACUUUUAUUUGUUAAUUAAUAUGUAUUUAAAAUCCUAAAUAUCUCAUUCAUCAAGAAAACAUAAAACAAUUUACUUAUAAGCUAAAUUUUUCAAAUGAUUUAUUUUUACAAUAAUUUUUAUUUUUUAUUAAAAUAAUAUUCUUUUUUUUUUCUUUUUUUGAUAGGUUAAUUUUUCAUUGUGAUUAUCAUAAAAUAUUAAAAAUAAUAUUAAAUAGUUUCUUGGAAUACUUUGAGUGACUGUAACCAUUACGUAUAUUGAAUUGACAAAAAAAUUAUUAGGUAUAAUUUAAAUGAUCAAAAUAAAAUGAGCUAAUAAUUAUUUACAUUUCAUACAAGUAAAUAAGAAAGUAUAAUUAUCAAUAUCGAGUAUUAUUAUAAUAGCCGACAAUAAUUAGGUACAUGUUUAUCAUAAAAAAACGUUGUGGAAGCUCUGUCAUGAGAUAAACCGAACAGUAAGUUCGCUUUGGGACGUUUGAUUGUUAUUUUUCAUUGUUAACAUUAACAGAAAUUCUUUAGCCAUUCAUUUUUUUUUAUACAAUUUUCUAAAUUUUAAUUAUUCACUUCAUCACUGAUGGCACUUUUAAUCAUCAAAAUAUGAAAAAGUAUAGAAUAUUUAUUAAAUGAUAAUGUAUUUUUCUUUCACACAACAAUAAUUAUUGCUGUCGUAUUAUUUCUAUGAUGAUACAUAAUGAAAAAAAAAUUUAAUUGUUCGAUUCAGAUGAUACAGCAGGUAGAACAUGAACUUGUUGAGAUUUACUGGCAUUAUAAACUUGU